GUGAAUUGGUGCUUUUAUUUUUUUAAAGUUGAAGGGAUUAGGUUUACGGAAGAGCUCUCGACUUCCGCAAAGGAUUGUUUUUCGCAUAUCGAUAAAUAAUUCACCUUCCUGGUUUAAAGGCUAUCUUGUCAGGAGAAAACUGAAGUGAACAUCCUGAAGCAGAAUACAGAGGCUGUGAGUGGGUCAUCAGGCAGCCUCCCUAUGUCAGGCCGAAACGGGUCUGCAAGUGAUGCAGACUGUCGGAUCUCUGAGGACUGCAAUGUCCCAGAUGCUGAGCUGAUGGAGCUGGGGCCGCUGCUGGAGGAGGGAGGGGGGCGACCGGCAACGUCUACAGGCGUCCAUUCAGAGGGAGCCUCAAUGCUUGCUGAGGAGGAAGAGGAGGAUGAUGAUGAGGUGGGAGAGGUCCUGACCUUACCACUUCAGGCUCACCAUGCCAUGGAGAAGAUGGAGGAGUUUGUACACAAGGUUUGGGAGGGGCGCUGGAGGGUAAUCCCUUUCCAUGUUCUGCCAGAGUGGCUAAAGGACAACGAUUACCUCCUGCAUGGACAUCGGCCCCCUAUGCCCUCCUUCCGGGCCUGUUUUGGAAGCAUCUUCAGAAUUCACACUGAGACAGGAAACAUCUGGACUCACCUGUUAGGGCUGAUCUUAUUCAUUUGUCUGGGCACCUUAACCAUGUUGCGGCCUAACAUGUAUUUUAUGGCCCCGCUGCAAGAGAAAGUGGUGUUUGGGAUGUUCUUCCUGGGAGCUGUGCUAUGCCUCAGCUUCUCCUGGCUUUUUCAUACCGUUUACUGCCACUCUGAGAAAGUGUCUCGCACCUUCUCCAAGCUUGACUACUCAGGCAUUGCCCUGCUGAUCAUGGGCUCCUUCGUGCCCUGGCUGUACUACUCGUUCUAUUGUUCCCCUCAACCUCGACUUAUCUACCUCACCAUUGUGUGUAUCCUCGGCAUUGCCGCCAUCAUCGUGGCCCAGUGGGACCGCUUCUCUACACCUCGUCACAGACCAACAAGAGCAGGUGUGUUCAUGGGUCUUGGACUUAGCGGCAUCGUCCCCACCAUGCACUUCACCAUUGAGGAGGGCUUUGUUAAGGCCACCACAGUCGGCCAGAUGGGUUGGUUCUAUCUGAUGGGUGCCAUGUAUAUCACUGGUGCUGGUCUCUAUGCAGCCAGGAUCCCUGAACGCUAUUUUCCUGGAAAGUGUGACAUCUGGUUCCACUCCCAUCAGAUUUUUCAUGUUCUGGUUGUGGCAGCGGCGUUUAUCCAUUUCUACGGGGUUUCCAACCUGCAGGAGUUCCGCUACGGCCUGGAGGGAGGAUGCACAGAUGACACUCUACUCUGAGAGGCCUAACUGUGACUUACUCAUACUUUUCUUUAUAGACACACACACACACACACACACACACACACACGCACACACACAAUCACUUAAAAUGCUGCUGGAAUUCAAUAUAGUCACUUACUGCUCCUUCUGUACUUCUGAUUUGCUAACAUCUUGUUUGGGUUUUGGUGGUCUUUCUGUUUGGCUCUUUUUUGCUCCAAUAAAGUAGCAUUGACUAGCCAUUGAACUGCAGAGGGAAACUUCGACAGGCACUUCUUCUUCAAUAAUUAUGAAACUUGAAGUCUACAUUUUCAAGUAAGGUCAAAAUGGGAUUUUAAACCAAAAUCGUAUAUUCCUGAAACUGAUGGUCACUUCUUAGAAGCUCACCCAAACCCCUCUUCAUAGUCCGUUACCAUUGCACAAAGAAUACAGAGAGUAUUAUUGGUGAUGUAGCAGAGGGCACAUACUGUAAACAAUUCCUAUCCUUCCUCACAGUUUCCAUGCAGAUUAGAGGAUGAAUGUACUGUCCACCAGGAGUGAGGUGUAGAGCCGUCCAGGACCAUUUAGGUACUUGAGGGCCUGCUCACACAUUUGUAUUAGGAGGAUAAAAUUAUACACAUAUAAGGUGUAUAUAGAUGUCACCAGAUGUUUUUUUAACUGUGCUGACACUGAUUGUGCAGCUGUGUGUUAAAACCUGGAGGACCAGUACGAACCCACCAGUGCCCGCUCUGCAAUAAAACAUGAACUGUA